GGCCCCUACCUUUUCCCGCGAAACCUGCCCUGUCAGAUCUUUACCCCUCCAGGUCCCCGCUUCCGGGACAAAGAUUGUUCAAUACCGGUAGUGGAAAAGGGAUAAAUAAAUAAAGCUUUGGGUUCCCUUACCAUCCCCAAUCACGCCCAGUCCCAGACUGAACUCCAUGGAGCGGUGAUGAAACCCGUCCCAUUCGUUUGGUUCUCUUCCCUCCAAAUCCUGCCACCUUUGGACUCGGGAGGUCACGGCAGAAAAUUUUCGCAAAAGCACCAAAAGUGAAAGAGCAAUCAAUAUGAUGCCUCCGCCGGGUGAUAAGCAACUCACUCUCGCAUACGCAGCCGGGGCCUCUUUGGCCGCAGUCACCCUGGUCUAUGUCUUUGGCCCAACUUGGCUCAUUGAUUCCUCCAAUAACUCUUCAAGUCAGCGACGAAAAGGAGUGGUUGGUUUGGUCAACACUGCCAAUGAUUGCUUCGUACGCACUACGAAAAAACCUGUUCUGUGGAACACCCAGCUAAUCAGGCGAAACAGAUAAACUCGAUAUUACAAGCGUUAGCUGGGCUUGGGGAACUAAGAGCUUAUCUUGUUCAGCAGACAAGAAAUGCAAAAGCUAAUAGAGAAUUAGUCGGCGAUGGCUUAAAAAUUGAUCGCAAGCCAUUUCUCACCGGUGCCUUAAAAGAUAUACUUGAUGGUAGGCCCCGUAGGAAAUCAAUAGAGCCAAUUGGCGUCUGGACUAACCACAAUCCCUAGGUCUCAAUGAGCGGCCUAUACGCAAGAAGACCAUAUCUGCGCGCCCUUUCUUGAAUGUCUUAGAACGAGUUUUUCAGCAGCGAAUAUCACGAAGCCAACAAGAUGCUCAUGAGUUUUUGCAGGUUGUUGUGGAAACACUGGCUGAGGAGCACCACCAGCAAAAGAAAAGGAGUCAAGAGGCUAUGAGGCUACGCAUAGAAAAUGAGAAAUUUCUACGGAGCGCAGAUGAGAAGUUUGAGGAGGGCAACGGAGAGGAGAGAUCCGAGAAGCCCCAGGAGAUGGAUGGCCUGGUAAUUAAAGUAGAGGAUCUGGACAAAAGAGAGGACAAGAGGGGAUCUGAAGAAGGCGGCAUGCCAAUGGAAGGGAAAUUGGAAUCUGAGAUUGAAUGCUUGAUAUGCCAUUUCAAGCCAAAACCUUCGGUUUCUACCUUUGUGGCUCUCACACUGCCAGUUCCUCAGAAGGUAUCUUCUCACCAGCCCUUUCACAUAUUUAUCUCUGCCGUGCUAAUUCUUUCCCCUUAGACCAGCACCACCCUCUCCGAUUGCAUAGAUGGAGUCCUAUCCACAGAGUACAUAGACGACUUUACAUGUGCCAGGUGCCGGCUCCAGCAUGCCCUUGAGACCUACUCCCGAAAACUAGAAACCGCAUCUUCAGACCCGGUAAAGAAAGAGUUAACCUCUAUAGUUUCAAAACUCCAACAAGCCAUUGAGACAGACCCCGAGAAGACCCCCGAAGGCAUCGAACUCCCACCCCCCCGCCUCGCCCCCAAAUCUCGAAUCGCCCGACGCACCCGCAUGUCCUGCUACCCCACCAUCAUAACCUUCCACCUCUCCCGCUCAAUCUACGACGUCCAUUGCUCCUCCCGCAAAAACAGCGCGAAGGUUUCUUUCCCGGAGGAGCUAAAGAUGGGCGGCCUCCUGGACCGGAAGGGGUACAAACUCCUCUGCAUGAUAACCCACAAGGGCAGCCAUGACAGUGGGCAUUACGAAUGCUUUAGACGGCAGAUUGUGCAUAGAGCUCCAUACUCGACGCCCACACCUGUCCCAUCCUCACCUCCCACACCGAUCCCAUCGAGCCCAAAAAUCGGGCCAACCGUUAGGUUGGUACCAGUGGACGCGAAGGAAUCGGCGAGCGAAAAUCUAGCUCCUCCUCCCGAAGCCCAGACUUUAGGCAUUCCCUUGCCGUCGCCAGAUUCAUAUCCGUCGCCGUCCUCGGCAUCAUCGGAAUCCUCCUCAGCCUCAGAUGGCAAAUUCACACCUCCCUCUUCGAUAUCUACCCAUCCGAACGGAGAUUCAAGCCCUACAAGGCUCACCAAUUCGGAUUCUGCCGUGCCUCCUAUUCCUACCUCCUCUUUCUGGCUACCCUCUCCUGCUCCCGCGCCCGGUUCCGCACCACCACCACCAUCGAUCAAGACCUCAACGACGACAGCAGCAAAAAGGCUAAAGAAGAAGUACGGGAAUGACAAGUGGUGGAGGAUCAGUGACGAGAAGGUGAAGGAGGCAAGGACUUCGGAUGUGCUUGGGAUGCAGAGGGAAGUAUAUUUAUUGUUUUACCAACGAAACUGUGAGGAAUAGACAAGAGGUGUCAUGGGCUGUAUUAUCACCUCCUCUCCCUCUCCCCCUCCUUCUAAUCAUUCCUCUUCAUUUCUGUUGAUUCGGUAUUUUUUUUAACGAACAUGCAUGUAUAAAGUCAGUUAUAUCACAGGGUUUCCGAGUUGAAGGGCCUCUAUGGAGGAUGGUGUUGGCGGUAUGGUUUGCUAUUGGAUGUACGUUUGAACGUGGCUAUUAUGUUCAAGUGCCCUCUCUACC